AUCGGUGUUUGUAAAAUCUUUUUGAGCUCUGGUUUUGUAAUUAAACAUGGCUGUUUAUGUGUUCCUUGGUAGUGAAGGAAUGUGAUAAAUCGCAACAUUGCAUUGGACGUUUUGUGGAUAUUCGCGUACUGUAAUACGAGAGCGGCCAUAUGUGGGCGCGGUAUGCGAGAGCGACGCGGAGACCAGCGCGGGAUGCCUGCUCCGUCACGGCUGGGGCACGGCAGGCGAGCAGCACGGCUCGUCGGCCGUUCAGAGUGUCGGUCGAGGGAAACAUCGGCAGCGGGAAGUCCACUCUCAUCAAGCACUUCGCAAACUUCCCCGAUGUCGACGUUCAGUUGGAGCCGGUCGAGGCGUGGCGGGACGUGCGAGGCGUGAACCUCUUGGAGCUGCUGUACCAGGACACCAGCCGGUGGAACACGGCGUUCCAGAGCUACGUGCAGCUGAGCCGCCUCAGGAUCCAGACCCGCCCCACCGACCGGGACAUCCAGAUGUUCGAGAGGUCGCUGCAGAACAACAGGUUCUGCUUCGUGGAGAUGGCCCACGACAACGGACAGUUGUCGCACCCGGAAUACGUCGUGCUCUGCGAGUGGUACGACUGGAUCAGCUCUCACAUCGACAUCAGCUUGGAUCUCAUUGUGUACCUGCGCUGCGAGCCGGAGGUGGCGCACGGCCGGGUGCUGGCCCGCGGCCGGCCGGAGGAGCGCUGCCUGCCCCUGUGCUACCUGCGCCGCCUGCACGAGGCACACGAGCGCUGGCUGCUGGGGCCCGGCGCGCCCGCGCCCGUGCUGCAGCUGGACGCGGGCCCGGGGCAGGACUAUGUGCGCGGGCUGUACGAGCGCAUCCUGGGCGCCGCCGCGCGUCGCACCUUCUACCACUGUCGUCGCGUCGAGAGUGUUCGCAAACAGCAUUACGUAACGCUUUGCGAGUAGACAUUUCAAAUUUGUGUAAAACCACCCGAUUACAGAUUUUUUGUACUGCGACAAGUUGACUUGUUUCAAUUUAACCAAAUUUUCAUAGGAUAAAAAAGACUGAACGGUUUGAGGAUUUAUGUGCUGAAGUUCAGAAAAUUUUUGUUUUCCCCAUAAUGAUACCCUCUUUUAUCGCAUAAUCGUCACACCUAUAUUUUUAGGGCGACAAAAUUUGUGGAUAAAACAUAAAAAAUCUCGCGUAGUCAUCACAUGAUGUUUUUUGGUCCCGCUAAUUAGAUUCCAAGCUUUUUGUGUAGGUAUUUUUUUCCAUUUAAAACGAUGAAUUUUUAAAGUAGAAAUCUAAUAUUUAUUCGGACUUUACCAUUUACUUAUUUAAUAAUGGGAUUUCGAAGUUGCCUGAUGUGUAAAUUUUUUUAAAGACGUUUUGAAACGUUAUAACCUUUAUCUGUUCGUCUGCGUCGCCGCUGUAUACCACUUACUAAAAUGUAGCCAGCGCUAGUUGGCAUCAUUCAUGUUUGGUUACGUUGCUUCCCGUAUAGAGCGCACACACGUAGUCAAAUAUCGAUAUCUCGCCGAUUGAAUGCAACGCGCGCUCUAUGUCAAGUGCCGAGUUAACUACAUUUAAUGGUCUGCACUCUUUCGUGGUAAGUGCGUACUACGAUGAUAGUUACGCGUUCGUUCAGGCUCGCAUUCAGAUCACAGAUUUUGUUUUUCUAUUUAAAGUUGAAGAAAAUGUUUUUGUUGCAUCACUUAUUGAUUUAAAUUGUUUGGCGUGCUCUUUUAUACUUCACUUUUUAAAUAAACAUACUUUCCAUGAAUGGGUUUUAUUUUUUAUGGAAUAACUUUACCUAACUUUACAUAACACCCUACUUUUAAAUACUUGAUUUUAAUUUAAAAUGUGCGACGAUUAUGCGAUAAAACAUGGUAUGUGAUGUCUGAUGUUUUAUCUGGUAAAUGUAACCAUUUGUAAUGAUCCAGUUCUAGUUUUCACUCCUUAUCUGUAACGAACAUCGCUGCGAGCACCGGACAGUGGCAUAGCUGGCCGGCAGAGCCCGGCGAUGCUAGGGCAGGGGUGAUGUUCCUUGAGACAGGCAAGAAGGGUCGGGUGAAGAGUAAUCCACCUCUGCGUGGCCGCGGCUUACCGUCUUAGCGUCGCCGCCCACCGCGGUUUCCGAGCUCGCAACGUCUGCUCUGCAAGUCCAGCGCGGACGUUAUGCAAUAUCAUUUUAAAUCAUCGCUGUGGGGAAAAAAAAAAACGAAAAGGCGGUCAUGGGGACUGUCGACAGAAGUGAAAACUUAAAACUUUGUUUUCAAAUGUGUACUAUGACAUAAUUUCUACGUCAAAUGUAGGUAAGAAAAUGAUUUUGGUAUUAUAUCACUAGCAUGUCGGUGACGCGAACCUAUAAGUUUUGUCCCUACCAAUAGGUAAUAACUUUAAAAUUAAAGGAAAUGAAGUUUUAUCAUUGAAAAAAAAAAAAAUAGCCAAUACUUGCAAUAUGUUCCACACAAUAAUUUUAAUAUAUCCUUGGGAAAUAAAAAUAAAAUGGAAAAACCUAUAACUUUAAAAUUAGAAUAAAUUAAAUUUUAUCCUUGAAAAAUAAAAAUUCUAUGAACUAAAAUACACAAAUAAUCAAUGUUCGCUACGUAAAUAAAUAAAAAAGAAUAUCGCUCAACGCUGUCAAUUUAACUUCACUUAGUGUUACUACAGCAUGUUGGUGACGCCAACUCACAAGAUUUUACCCAUCCAAAAAGAGUCCAAUAUGCACAUGAUACAGUCCAGUAUAUACAAUGUACUAGUGUAUAUACGCGUAUAUGUUCAUGUAGACAGGCCGUUGUGCGUCGCCAGUCUGGUGCAACACGUCACUAGCAUGUCGGUGACGCGAACCCAUAAAUUUUGCCCCUACCAAAAAUCUCUUAAUACGGCUAAAGAAGUUUUCACUUCAAAAAUAAGUUUGCAUAAAUUAUGCGAUAGCAGGGUCCAUUCGGGUAAACAUAGUACAUCUUUAAAUAGUGAAGUUAAUCCUCAACAAUAAAUAUAUUUUGAAAGUCCAAGUGUUACCUACUUCACAUGCCACAUGAAAACAAUUAUUUAUUUAUUUAUUAUUUAUUUAUUAAAAUUUGUGACAUGCACACCAACAGCCGAAGCUUUAGAGGUGUGCACAGAACAAG